AUGGCCAGUUUCGCAGCUCAGUUCAUGGACAUGUUCUUCAUGCUCAUCGAGCGCGUCACCGGCUACGGCGGCCGCGCUGAAGACCAGAAGGACACUUCAGGUGCACAAGAGCCCACCAAGUUGACGUCUGAUGUUUCUGAAAACGAAGAAGAAGAGGUAGUUGCGGUACAGAACAUUCAGAUAAGAGCAAGAGGGGGCGAACCCUUUGUGCAAGAUGGCUCAAUGCCUCAGGUGGCGGCGUUGAGCAUACAAGGUGCAGCAGACAAAGGCAUAUCUUCUAAACCCUCGUGCUUUAUAUGGACGUACAAGAUCAACAGUCGUAAUCAUGGGUAUUUCGAAUAG